GUCAACAACACAGGCCCCACAAGUCGGGAGAUUCGACUACAAUCAAGUGCUUGGACUAUCCAUUAUGUUCUAUGAAGCGCAGCGAUCUGGCAAACUACCGGAAACUAACAGAAUCACCUGGCGGGGAGAUUCGGCACUAGGUGACAAGGGAGGUAACACAGACCUAACAGGUGGAUGGUACGAUGCCGGCGACUAUAUCAAGUUCACUUUGCCGAUGUCGUCAGCCGUCACCUACCUCCUGUGGGGCCUUCUACGUUGGCCAGACGCCUAUGCCGCGGCGGGUCAGCUGGACUACAUGUACGACAGCGUCAAGUGGCCCCUGGCCUACCUCCUCAAGAGCUGGGACCCGUCUCAAAUGGAGUUCUAUGCUCAGGUCGGGAAGGUGUCACUGGAUCAUAACUACUGGGGAAGAUCCGAGGACAUGGACAUGGAAAGACCUGCGUACAAGGUGUCACGAACAGGACCCGGAAGUGACGUAGCUGGCCAAACCGCAACAGCGCUAGCAAUGGGUUACCUUGCUUUUAAAGAAAGAAAUAUGACGUACGCUACGACGUUGCUUGACGCUGCUAAAGGUCUGUACGACUUCGCCAAGAACUACCGAGGCGUCUACAGCGACACCAUCACAGAUGCCAGGGAUGUGUACAAGUCCAGCAUGUACGAGGACGAGCUUGCCCUGGCUGCCGUCUGGCUCCACAAAGCUACGGGUGAAAGCACCUACCUGGUGGACGCUGAGACGUUUGUGCCGAUGUACACGGCGUGGUCGCUGGACUGGGACGGCAAGAUUGCUGCAGCACAGUUGGCCCUGUAUGAAGUGACGGGGAAGCAGACAUACAGGGACCAGGUCGAGGCCUUCGUCACCUCCUACAUGCCCGGGGGGAGCGUCCCCUACACGCCCCUGGGUCUGGCCUACAGGUCGCAGUGGGGAGCUCUCAGAUAUGCUGCCAACGUUGCUAUGUUUGCCCUCAUCGCCGCCGACGACGGUAUCAACGCUGCUGAGUACCGCGAGUGGGCAUUGUCUCAGAUACACUACAUCCUCGGCGACAAUAAAUACGGCAUGAGCUACGUCAUAGGAUAUGGAGACAACUACCCACUCAAACCUCAUCACGCUGGAAGCUCGUGCCCCGACCGUCCUGCUAGCUGUACCUGGAAUGACUUCAACAGUCCGGCUCCCAACCCCCAGAUUCUCUACGGGGCCUUGGUUGGCGGCCCGGAUCAGAACGACAACUACGUGGACGACAGGACCGACUACGUCAAAAACGAAGUGGCCUGCGACUACAACGCUGGCAUGCAGUCCGCCAUUGCUGGCAUAAUCCAUCUCCGAGAAACAAAACAACUACCGGAAGACGCUGUUUCCUCCACUACCUCACCCCCAGGACAGAGAUCGACCUUGGCCCCAGUGACGGUGACCGACAGCGGUCCAACAGCAUCUACCGCCUCCCCAGGCAGCGCCUCUGCACACAACUUGUCUCAAGUCCUGGAGUUCUCCAUCCUAUUCUAUGAAGCACAGCGAUCAGGAGCUCUUCCAGACACUAACAGAAUCCCCUGGCGGGGAGAUUCGGCACUAGACGACACAGUUCCUGGAGGGUGGUAUGACGCUGGUGACCACAUCAAGUUCACGUUCCCAAUGUCGGCUGCCGUCACGUACCUCCUGCUGGGUGUUCACGCCUGGAAGGACGCCUACGUGGCCAGCAGUCAGCUCAACAACAUGUACGACAGCAUCCGCUGGCCUCUCGACUACUUCCUCAACAGCUGGGACCCCACCAAGCAGGAGCUGUAUGUUCAGGUGGGCAAGGUCUCGCUGGAUCACGCUGUGUGGGGUCGGGCCGAGGACAUGACCAUGGACAGGCCAGCCUACAAACUCAGCCCCUCGGGCCCCGGAAGUGACGCAGCGGCAGGGACUGCAGCCGCCAUGGCAAUAGGGGCCAUUGUGUUUCAGAAAGAAGAUCCCGCCUACGCCAGUCGACUGCUGACGGCUGCUGCAGAACUGCACGACUUCGCCAACACAUACACCGGUAUCUAUACCGACACCGUCACUGACUCCCGCGACGGCUACGGGUCCAACGACUACAACGACGAGCUUGCGCUGGCUGCAAUUUGGUUGUACAAGGCCACACGUCAGCAACACUACCUCACUCAUGCCAGGACCCAUGCCUCAAAGUUGUCAUCUUCUCCGUGGGCUCUUGAUUGGUCGGAUAAGACGGCAAUCGUUCAUCUGGCUAUGUAUGAGGAGACGCAGGAGGAGAAAUAUAGUGACGCCAUCAAGGCCUUCAUGACGUCAUAUCUCCCCGGUGGGUCAGUCGCCUACACGCCGUGUGGACUCGCCUGGCGCCUUGAGUGGGGUCCUCUCCGGUACACGGCCAAUGUGGCCAUGUUCGCGCUGUUGGCUGCCGACGCGGGGUUCGAACCACAGACUUACAGAUCGUGGGCUUUGGGUCAGAUCGGCUACAUGCUGGGUGAAAACAACGCCGGACGGAGCUACGUAGUCGGCUACGGCAGCAACUACCCGGUCCGACCGCACCACCAGAACAGCGCCUGUCAUCCUCACCCCGCUGUCUGUGACUGGAGCACCUUUGAUGACCCCGCCCCUAACGCCCAUGUCCUUAAAGGGGCUCUUGUAGGGGGUCCGGGGAGCAACGACAACUACGUGGACGACAGAACAGACUACAUCCAGAACGAGGUGGCGUGUGACUACAACUCUGGAUUCCAGUCAGCUAUUGCAGGUCUCCUUCACCUGGAGAUAACCAACCAGUUUCCAGUUUCUGCUCUCAACAGGUGUUAUCCAUAACGGAAAUCCGGUGUGUAGCACGUGGACAUCAACUAAAAUAUUUUAUUUGAA